CCAACUGUACUGCACCUUAUUCGCCAUGGUCAAGCCGACCAUAAUCUCCAUGAAGAUUACGAUCUACCGGACACUUCUCUUACACCCGAGGGUGAACAACAAAGUCUUGCACUUGCCUACAAGAUACCAAAUAUAAGCUCGAUCACUUGUAUCUACGCAUCCCCGAUGCGUCGCACUCUCCAGACUGCACUUCUCACUUUCCGAGGAGUGCUUCACCUGCGUCCCGACCUCCGCAUUAUUGCACUACCAGAGCUGCAAGAGACUUCAGAUUUUGCUUGCGAUACCGGGUCAUCGCUUGCACAACUGCGCCUGGAGUUCAAGAGCGAGCCUGUAGACUUAUCACGUCUGUUUGAAGGCUGGAAUGAUAAGAAAGAAGGGCGUUUCAGGCCAACAACAGACCUGACGGAGCAACGUGCGGGUGAGGCGAGGAAAAUCAUCCGCGAUGAAGCAGAGGGAACUGUAGCUAUUGUCGCACAUGGAGGUGUCAAUCAUUAUUUCACAGAAGAUUGGGAAGGAAGUAGCAGUGGCUCUGGAACUGGCUGGAAGAAUUGUGAGUACCGGACGUACAAGUUU